AAAUAUUUGGCAAAGACUGCAGAGAGAUUUGUUUCAUUGCAUAAGAGUAUUUGAUGAAAGUGAAUAUCUUGCAUAGAUAAUUGGAAUAAAGCAUGGCUCCCGCAACUAAUGAUUGUGUAUCGUUCACAAUCGUCGCGAAUAUCGCGUGUUCCAUAUCGAUAGUGCUGAUAAACAAGUGGCUCUAUACGGAAUAUGGCUUCCCAAAUGUCAGUCUCACAUGUAUACACUUUAUCAUGACUUCCCUUGGGCUGCUUAUUUGCAGAAAACUUAACCUUUUCCAGCCGAAAAGUGUGCCCAUCCUGAAAAUGAUUCCACUGGCUCUGACAUUUUGUGGAUUUGUUGUGUUCACCAACUUGUCGCUAGAGACGAAUUCCGUUGGAACUUACCAGAUCAUGAAAACUUUGACAACACCAUGUAUCAUGAUAAUACAGACCAUGUUCUACGACAAAACGUUUUCAACGAAAGUUAAACUCACUGUGAUUCCAAUAACUUUGGGAGUUACUUUAAAUUCUUUAUAUGAUGUGAAGUUCAACUUCAUUGGAUUAUGCUUUGCAACGGUUGGCGUACUGAUUACCUCACUAUACCAAGUGUGGGUUGCGGAGAAACAACAUGAAUUCCAGAUGAACUCGAUGCAGUUACUGUAUUACCAGGCUCCUCUGUCAGCAGCUCUCCUUAUUUUGAUUGUUCCCAUCUUUGAAGCACCAAUAUAUAGCUUCCAUGGAGCCCUUGGCUCCUAUCCUACAAAUGUUGUACUGUUGGUGUUACUCUCUGGGGUUAUAGCAUUGUCUGUCAACUUAACCAUCUACUGGAUUAUUGGCAACACAUCACCUGUCACAUACAACAUGGCUGGCCACCUUAAAUUUUGUGUAACUGUUAUUCUGGGAGUUAUCGUAUUUAGUGAUCCAGUGUCAUUUCUCCAAGUUGUUGGCAUAGCAACCACUCUCUCAGGAGUGAUAGCUUAUACACAUUUCAAAAUGGGCGAGCAGGCAAAAUCAGUCUUACCUCAACAGAGUUCAUAAAUAGUUAUUUUAAGGACACUACUAGAAAAUUAUUCAUACAGCUAAACUGCUGGACAGAUUGUGUCAGGGAUAUCGAUGUUGGACAAACAAAAGAGAAUAUCUGUUUCCUGUUUCUAAAUCAUCCUAACUUAAAAGUUUAAUGAUUUGUGUGCUAUCAAUCAGUAAUAUAAUCCAGAAAUCAGAGACAAAUUCACCUCGACACAAAAUACAGACUGAUAUCAAAUCUAUCAAGGAAGAUGACAGUCACCAUGCUAUCUUCAGUUCGGCGAUGAUGUAUAUGUCCACAUAUGCCUGAAAACACUGUGAACUUGCACAAAAAAGGGUGAGAUCAGACAUUCUGGACUGUUAUUUAUCUCUUCUGAAUAUUUAUUACUCUGUGUUGCUUUGACAGAUAUUGACCAAACUCUUUUUUGUUGAUUUUCAUUUUCUUAUUUUAGGUUCCAUGACCAAAUUUGCAUUACAUAAGAAGUCAGUGUCAAUUGAAAGCAAACAUUAUUCAUUAUUGAAAUUAAAGAAAUCCAUCCUACUGGCCCAAAUAUUUCUCAGGUAGAAUCAG